GCCGGGGGGGUUCCGGUCCCGCUGCCGCCCCGGGGCAUGGCGGGGCUGGUAGUCCUGCGCCCCGCUCACCUCCGUAAGUGAGAAACAAGGACAGAGGCACCGCGCUUGAUGGUAGUGAUGUGCUCGCAUCUUGCUUUGUUCUCCCCUGAUCAAAGCCAUGCAGAUGGAUUUAUUCUGGUAACUUCCAGUCAUAUUGAGGUUUGGACAGACCUUUGACAGGAUGUUGGGAUUCCUGAAGAAGCCAGUUGUGGUUACUGUGGAGAUAAAUAUGAACCUCGUGGCAUUGACUGUGAUGGGAUUAAUAAGCCGCCUUUGGGGGCUUUCCUAUCCACGGGCUGUAGUUUUUGAUGAAGUUUAUUACGGCCAAUUUGUUUCGCUCUACAUGAAGAGGAUCUUCUUCGUGGAUGACAGUGGUCCACCUUUUGGCCAUAUGCUGCUAGCUUUGGGAGGUUACUUAGGAGGAUUUGAUGGAAACUUCUUAUGGAACAGGAUUGGAGCUGAAUAUAGCAUGAAUGUUCCUGUUUGGUCCUUGCGAUUCCUGCCAGCACUGGCUGGUGCUCUCUGUGUGCCUUUAGCAUACCAGAUUUUGGUAGAACUGCAGUUUUCUCACUGUGCUGCACUUGGAGCUGCUCUUCUGAUUCUUUUAGAGAACUCUUUGAUCACUCAGUCAAGGUUCAUGCUCCUGGAAGCAAUAUUGAUUUUUUUUAUCCUACUUGCAGUUUUGUCCUACCUGAAAUUCUACAAUUUGCAAAGGCACAGUUCCUUCUCUGGAAGCUGGUGGUUUUGGCUUCUGCUGACUGGAGUAGCUUGUUCUUGUGCAGUUGGAGUGAAAUAUAUGGGCCUGUUUACCUAUAUGCUGCUCUUGGCCAUCGCAGGACUCCACUUCUGGCACAUGAUAGGAGACCAGAACUUCUCAAAUGUUUCCUUGAUGUGCCAUUUUCUAGCUAGGGGACUGGCCCUCAUCAUCAUCCCAAUGGCAAUGUACCUGUCCUUCUUCUAUGUUCACUUGACUUUGCUGUAUCGAUCUGGGCCUCAUGACCAGAUUAUGACAAGUGCUUUCCAAGCCAGCUUAGAGGGUGGGCUGGCCCGAAUCACUCAGGGUCAGCCCUUAGAAGUGGCCUACGGCUCUCAGAUUACUCUGCGGAACGUGUUGGGCAAGCCCAUGCAGUGUUGGCUCCAUUCUCACACGAAUACUUAUCCCAUCAGGUAUGAGAAUGGCCGAGGUAGUUCCCAUCAACAGCAGGUGACCUGCUAUCCCUUCAAGGAUGUGAAUAACUGGUGGAUUGUCAAAGACCCUGGAAUGCAGCAGCUGGUGGUGAGUAACCCACCCCGUCCCGUCAGGCACGGACACAUCGUGCAGCUCGUCCACGGCAUCACGACUCGGUACCUCAACACGCAUGAUGUUGCUGCCCCUCUUAGCCCCCACUCCCAAGAAGUUUCCUGCUAUAUUGAUUAUAACAUCUCCAUGCCAGCACAGAACCUUUGGAGAGUGGAAAUUGUAAAUCGGGAGUCUGACACAGACGUGUGGAAGACAAUUCUGUCAGAAGUGAGGUUUGUUCACGUGAACACCUCUGCAGUGCUAAAGCUCAGUGGAGCAUCUUUACCCGAGUGGGGAUACCGGCAGCUGGAGGUGGUUGGAGAGAAGCUGUCCAAAGGUUACCACCAGAGCAUGGUGUGGAAUGUGGAAGAGCACAGAUAUGGGAAAAGCCAAGAGCAAAAAGAGAGGGAAGUGGAACUCCACUCUCCCACACAGAUGGACAUAAGUAAAAACCUCAGCUUCAUGGCAAAGUUCAUGGAAUUGCAGUGGAAAAUACUCACAUUAAAAAAUGAAGACACAGAACAUAAGUACAGCUCCUCUGCUCUUGAGUGGAUCACGAUGGACACAAACAUUGCCUACUGGCUCCACCCGACCUCUGGUGCGCAGAUCCACCUCCUUGGGAAUGUUGUCACCUGGGCUUCAGCUAAUGCUGCUGCUCUGGUCUACACGUGUCUGUCCCUGUGGUACUUGGUACGACGAAGGAGAAAGAUUUAUGACAUUCCUGAAGAUGCAUGGCAGCUGUGGGUAUCAGCUGGAGGGAUCUGUGUUGGAGGCUGGGCUGUGAAUUACCUGCCCUUCUUCCUGAUGGAGAAAACACUUUUCCUCUACCACUACCUGCCAGCCCUCACAUUCCAGAUUCUUCUGAUUCCCAUUGUAUUACAGCAUCUCAGCGAUCAUUUCUGCAGAUCUCUGCUUCUCACGAGCAUGUUCAGUGCGUUGAUCGUAGCCUGGUUCUCUUCGGUUUACCUUGUCUAUUGCACAUUCAGCCCCGUGACCUACGGGGAGCCCUCACUGUCUGUUACCGAACUCAAGGACUUGCGCUGGAAGGACAGCUGGAACAUCCUUAUCCGAAAACAGUAACAAUUACAAUCUUGUUACAGGCAAGAGGAAACACCUUUUAUGCAAAGCCAAGAAUUUAUUGUUAGUAUAAUUGAAACUUAACAGUCUGAUCAAAUAACUGACAGUGGUCCAGAUCUAAUUAUUACAGAAAAAGAAAAUAAAAGAAUACUGUUACCAAAAAAAAAAGUCUCAAGAGUAAUAUAGCUGUUAUGAGCACAAUUCCCCAUCUCUAGCCCCUGUUACAUUCACCCUUCCACUGCCCCUCGGGCUCUGAAGGUUGCUAACGUCAGCCAACAGCAUCCCUGCUCGUUUGCUGGGAAGAGCAUGCUGCGAGGGUUUCUUCUCCCUCCUUCCUGGGAGUAUGAUGUUGAUGGUUUCUUCCAUCUUGCACUAUGUUGCAUUUAGCACUAUUUUGUAUGUUCCCUGACACUUAGGUCUGCAAUUCCAUGUUACAACAAGUUACUAUAAAUGGAUACUUUCCAACAUAUUGGAUACUGUUCUGUUUUCUUUGUUACUCCUAAAAAACUGGGUUCUCCUAGCUCCGAAGUUUACACAUCUUCAACUAUCAGCCUGCAGUCUUCAGCGUCAUCCCAUGACUAUAUUCCUCAACAAUGCAUUCUUUGCCCCCACUUUCAAUGCUGUGCUAUCAAUCAUCCCUGUUUCAUUACAGUACGGCAUUAAGCUAAGUUUAUAAAUAGUACAUCCUGCACAGAAUAAUGACUUGUUACUAUUAUCUAGGUAUAAUCAUUUGGCAUAACCAUAAUUUUUACGAAGCUAAGCAAAAAUAAACAGACAUUAAAAAAUUGCUGUUAGAGCUAAACAAGCCAAAACGAAGCUUCAGGCAGGCCAAGAAGUCAGCCAGAGCCAGAAGAAUCCUUUAGCCUUGCGGCAUUCAAAUGACGCCUGUGGCCUGUUACUAGCAAUGGCGGUAUUGUAUUUAUUUGCUGGGCUGCAGGGUUACACCUCAAAUCUGAUAGGAAGAGGAACUCUGAGCAAGGUAGAAGUGCCAACAAGGAAACCUGCUCUAACUUGUACACAUGGGUUCAGGGUAAAAACAUUGUAGGUAACUCAGCCCAUGUCCUGGCCUGCAGCAGCAGAGGAAUUCACAGCAUAGAAGGUGCAAGUGAAGGACUGGGAUGGCUGCAGCAGCAGGAUCUUGCAAUACAGCUCACAGCUGACCAAGAACAGCAGUCCUAGACAGACCAGGGUGCUUUUUACUGUGGAGUUCCUUACUGCUCUAAGAAAUGCUAUUCAAGGCUGC